GUACACCCGUGACCUCCACAACAGCGGGCACUCCUUGAACAGAAGCAGAAGAAGAAGAGGCAGGAGCCUCUGAUGGUCCAGUCUAAUGUAGACGGGAGAUCUCGCACUCGUCGGACCAAACAGAGCGAGGAACAGGCUCCGCUGGUAGAAUCCUACCUCAGCAGCAACAGCAGCACCAUGUACCAUGUGCAAGAAGCGGAACAGGAGGAGGUGAAGGUGAUAGCAGACACACAGCCACCUCGCUCCGCCAAAAAGGGCAAAGCAUCAGCCAGCUCCACUCCUCAGACGGGCAGCGACAAGAAGGAGAGGAAGGGGAAGCACAAAGCAGCAAUCGAUGGCCUGGCUUCGUUGCAAGAUGAUGGUCAGAUCCAGAUCCUGACGGUGGGUCACCCCAGCACAGAGGAGGGCGAAGCAGAACCUGUCAUGUGCUGCACUCAGUCACAGAGUAAACAGGACCUGCGCGUCACCAUGCUCAAGAAAGGUAUAUCCAGCAGUAUGAAUUUUGAUGAAGAAGAGGACGACGAAGAUGAAAUUAGCUCAAGUUCCUCACAGCUCAACAGCAACACAAGACCAGGUUCUGCCACUAGCAAGAAGUCAUGCAAGGAAGUGGCCUCAGCACCCACUCCACCAGUCAAUGAACCUGCCAUCGAUGUAGAUGAUCUUGAAGAAUUUUCUCUGAGACCUGCACCCCAGGGGGUCAGAGUGAAGUGCAGAAUCACCAGAGACAAGAAAGGCAUGGACAGAGGCAUGUAUCCCACCUACUACCUACACCUGGAGAGAGAGGACGGCAAGAAGGUGUUCCUGUUAGCAGGCAGGAAGAGGAAAAAGAGUAAAACAUCAAAUUACCUCAUCUCCAUCGAUCCCACUGAUCUGUCUCGAGGUGGAGAGAGCUUCAUUGGUAAACUGAGGUCUAACCUCAUGGGAACUAAGUUCACUGUGUAUGACAGCGGCCUGAACCCCAUGAAGAGCACCACCAGCCUUGAAGCUAGCAACCUGCGUCAAGAGCUAGCAGCCAUUUGCUAUGAAACCAAUGUUUUAGGAUUCAAAGGACCUCGCAAAAUGAGUGUCAUCAUUCCUGGAAUGAACAUGGACCACGAGAGAGUGUCUAUCCGCCCACGAAAUGACCAUGAGUCACUGCUGGCGAGGUGGCAGAACAAGAACACAGAGAGCGUGAUAGAACUUCACAACAAGACACCUGUGUGGAACGAUGACACACAAUCCUAUGUGCUGAACUUUCAUGGCCGAGUCACUCAGGCCUCCGUUAAAAAUUUCCAAAUUAUUCACGACAACGACCCUGACUACAUUGUGAUGCAGUUUGGCCGUGUGGCAGAGGAUGUCUUCACCAUGGACUAUAACUACCCAAUGUGUGCCCUGCAAGCCUUUGCCAUUGCCCUCUCCAGCUUUGACAGCAAGUUAGCCUGUGAAUAGAUCUCAGCCUGAAGUCCAACGGUGAACUGGUCCAUCUGUCCUCUCAACAAGGGCUGUUAAUGUAUCCUUGGGGCUGGUUUGAAAUCUCCAAAUCACCCAGCACCCUGGAAGUCCUGCAUAUCCCAAAACGCUUUAUGGGCCUCAAGAUUUGUGUGUGCGGCAGCGGUGGGGGGGGGGGGGGGGGAGGUUGGAUAAUUUUGGUCAGUGGAAGAAAACAAGCACAAAGAGUAAUCCACUUUCAAAAUCCAAUUCCUUUGUUUUUGAUAACUAUAGUCAUUUUGUACUGUGCUGGCAUUAUAAAAGCAAACACUGUUUCUUUAUGUAGUAGUUAGAGAAAUUUGACAUUUCUUUAUCUGUAAAUGAUUACUAACAAUUUCACAUCUGUAAGUUUCAAGAGCUGACUGGCUUUUAUGUAAUCUGCCACACCAUCACCUCAAGCAUGAAUACUGCAUAUAUAGUUACUGAAUUAACAAUAACAUGCACGUCACAAUAUAUUUAUUUUUGUUAUUUAUGUAUUUAUUACAUGUUUUCUGUUAUCACUCACAACAAUUGCAGCAGCAUUGGCUCCAUGGAGCUGCAAGCACAUAACUUAGCAUUACAAGUAGGAAUAUCUCCUGAUCCCACACAAAACAACGAGCAAAUUGGACGUGAACAGGGAAAAGGCAUGUUACACUGUGCUGUGUACCAUAUGUUGUGUCACAGUGUCAUGUAUGUGAAUGUAUAGGAUGAUGGUGCACUUUACUUUUUAGUCUGUCGUGGAUGAGAUAUAGCUGUACAUACUUUAUUGUGCCUUUGAAGACCAAUUCCAGUGGUACGCUUUGGCCAAACAAUGAGCUGAGCUUGAAUUGGUCUUUGCUAUUCUUGCUGUCCUCACAUGCAUUGGAGAUCCUUCUCUGUAGCUACUUGUCUAAUGCAGAGUUCAUUAAGAUUGAUUAGAUGGAGUUGCAAAAACCUCCAGAAGACAAUAAUCCAAAGUGCACAUUAUUGGACAACAUUGUAGUGAUUGUCCAGGUAUAUUUAAAUUACAUUUAGGGCCUAGAACACACAAGACUGAAGAGUUGAAUAAUUAUUUACAUUUUACUGUAGAUCCGGCAGCAGAUAUAAUAUCCAAGGCACUCAGGCUUAAGAGUGUGUUCAUAUCUUCUGAUGUCUCCUUCCUGGAAAAAUA